GACGACCGGUUUAGUCGUUCAGCAAACUCCGUGCAGUGAGCAUGUUUGUACGCCAGACAUCGUCGUCAUCGGUCGGUUGUCGUCAUCGCUACUAUAUAGCCGUCGUUUCGCGAACAUCCAUCGUUUCGCUGCCGUUGCCGUCGCCUUUUUCCGAUCCGGAACGAGACUCUUGUUGAAUCGCGUGUGUGCACCGCCCAGGGAUCUAUCCAUCUCUCUAUCCAUCUAUCUGUAAAUCCAUAGAUUUUCCCUUGGAAAAGCCAGUGUAAUUCAAGCCAAAACUUAAAUGGAAUAAAUAACCCUACAAGUGCCUUACCAAUACUAAAUAGAAAUAUAUAAAUCACAACCGCUCAAUGCCGGAAACUUCUUGAGUCUGGCUCCAAAAGCGCUAGCUCUCGCAAAGAUCCCCAGCCCCAGAAAUAAAUAUCUCGAGUGUGCUUCGCCGAGUGUCCUGUCAGCCAAAUAUAUGGUAAUGGCAGAGAUUGGUGGCCAUUUGGCUCACCAGCUACCGUUGCACAAUCACAACCACAAUCAAACUGGAUUACAGCCAUCGCUGGUGAUGAACCAUCACCUGGAUUUGGAUUGCCAUGGACACGAUGUGAUAAAAAAACAACGCCUAUCUCACUGCGUUGGCUGUGGCGGCCAGAUCCACGAUCAGUACAUCUUGCGCGUUGCCCCCGAUCUCGAGUGGCAUGCGGCGUGUCUGAAGUGCCAGGAGUGCAGGCAGUUCCUGGACGAAAGCUGUACGUGUUUUGUGCGCGAUGGCAAAACCUACUGCAAGCGUGAUUAUGUUAGGUUAUUUGGUACAAAAUGUGAUAAAUGCGGCAACUCCUUCAGCAAAAAUGAUUUUGUGAUGCGGGCCAAAACGAAAAUCUUUCACAUCGAGUGUUUUCGCUGCUCCGCGUGUGCGCGACAAUUGCUGCCAGGUGAUGAAUUCGCGUUACGCGAUGCCGGAGCUUUGUAUUGCAAGGAGGAUCACGAUGUGCUGGAGAAAUCGUCGCAGAGCAGCCUCACUUCUUCGUCGGUGGAGAGCAACAACAAUAUUAGCAGUAGUAACAACAACAACACCAACCUUAGCAAUAACAACCAUUCCAGCGAAUUGGGUUCAAUGUCAGACUCUGGCAGCGAAUCGGGCUCACACAAAAGUAUUAGGGAAAAGCGGCCUUCGGGGCCAUCGGAUGGCAAGCCAACGCGAGUUCGGACCGUGCUCAAUGAAAAACAGCUGCAUACGCUCAGAACCUGCUACAAUGCUAAUCCGCGACCUGAUGCGCUCAUGAAGGAGCAGUUGGUGGAGAUGACCAGCCUUUCCCCGCGAGUCAUCCGCGUGUGGUUCCAAAACAAGCGCUGCAAGGACAAAAAGAAGACCAUUCAGAUGAAGCUGCAAAUGCAGCAGGAGAAGGAGGGUCGCAAGUUGGGCUAUGGCGCCAUGCAGGGCAUUCCCAUGAUCGCCAGUUCGCCGGUGCGACACGACUCCCCUCUGAAUCUGCAGGGUCUGGACGUGCAGACAUAUCAACCGCCGUGGAAAGCCUUAAGCGACUUCGCCCUGCACGCCGAUCUCGACAGCAAUGGAGCGAUCAAUACCCACACGCCCGCAUUUCAGCAGCUGGUCAAUCAGAUGCACGGCUACGACCUGAACGGGAUGCCCAUCCUGCCGCCGCAUCCGCACUCGCAUCCGGCGCAAGGACCUCCCCACCAGCACCCACCGCCCCCGGGCGGACCGCACAACCACCAGAACCAGCCGGGGAACCAGCAGCCGGGCGGCAGCAGCCUGGACUCCGGGAUCACCUCGCACCACCAUCCGGACAGCACCGACUCCUAUGUGACCUACCUGGAGAGCGAUGACAAAUCCAAACUGGCGCUGACCCCGUCGUCCUCUUCCUCGGCCUCGGCGGGCACAUCGAUCUCCUCGCCGCCAUCGGGUGUUGGAGCAGGGGGUGGUGGUUGUGGUGGUGGUGGUGGUGGUUCAGUGGGCGGUGCUGCCGGUGUCCUUGGCCUGGGCGUGGGUGUCGUGGCCAAUCAGUCGGCCACCGAGCAGCUCAUGCAGAUGCUCCAAAAGGUUACCGGCUCCGCUUCCCCCGCCUCGCAUGCCGUGCUCUAAAAAAAGAGGUGGCAGUGGGGGCGUGACGGGAAGCUAGGGCAGUAGGAGCUACAGUCGAACUUCACUAACUCGAAAAUGUAACAUUCAAUAAAAGUUACAGUAAAUUCAGACAAACCACAAUUUCGAUAUCCUUGAAAAUAUUUCUUGAUAAUAAAAAAUUUUCCUUUUGAAAUCACAAAUAUCAUAUUUUAAACCAAAAAGUUUUUAUUAAAAAUGUUUGAUUUUGAUUCGAAAUAUUUUUUUCAUUUUCUUUUUUGUUCCUGCAGAAAAUGUUUAAUAAUUUGUUCAGUUAUUUUGUCCAGUUAAUGAAGUUCGACUGUAUUUGGGGUUGUGCAAUUUUUUUUUUGCCCGUGUUUCUGUAUUCUACUCAUUUGUAUUGUGUAAAUUUAAUUUAAUUCUGUUUGAUUCGGUGCCAAAAAAUAGUCUGUAGGCCGUUGGCAUUUUUGGGGAUAAUCUGGCUCUGGCUCUCCGGCUCAGUUGCACAUUUUGUUAUGUAACAUACACUUUUGCUGUUGAGUUCCAAAAUGAAAACAUGAAAAAAUUAAAUUAAGCUAAACAAAAAUGCUCACACACUUGAAAAGUUUUUACAAUAAUUUUUGACACGAAAACGAAAAUUAUGAUAACAAAGGGAAAACAGUUACUUCGCAUCAAGUAGGGAAUUUCAUUAAACAAAAAUUUGUAAAUAACUUUUAUAUAUAAAUAAUAAACGAAUAUAUUUUCAUUCAAAAUGCAAAAAAAAAGAAGAAGCGAUUGUAAGCAUUCAAAAACAAAAACAGAGAAUCUGACUCGUGUGUAUUAUAUGGGAUAAAAAAUCCGAGGGGUAGCUAUAAACUAUAAAGACGCACUUGGCAAACUUGUAAAUCGAAUUAACAACAACAAAAGCAUCUAAGUCUAAGUUCGUAAAUUGUAUGGCAAAAGAAACACAAAAUUAUUAUAAAUAAAUAAAUGCAAGAAAAGAAGUGUAAGUGAGAAAGAAAAACUGUAACUAAAUCUAGACUUAUUUGUUAGCUUUUAAACAUUUCCGAAAUGCAUUAUAAGAAAGGGAAACAACAAAACCGGCAGCGGAAAGUAAAGAGAGAGAAAUCGAAAUGUACCAAGGAUGUUUAUAAACUGUUUCGUAAAACAACUAAUGUAUUUUCAAUAAUAUUUAACUAAUAUUAAUAAUAAACAGUGCAUAAGUAAUUUUAGUAACUAUAGAAAAUGUUUAAAUGAAAUUACAAACGAAAAUAAAACAACAGAAAAACACACACAAAAUAAUAAAAAAUAA